CAUGGCCUCUUGGAACCGCUACGGGAGUCGGAUGAGAGAGGCGAAAAUGCUCACAUUGGUGUUGCUGGUGUGGCUGCUGCCGGUGCUGGACGCAGUAAAGGUGUCUCCUCUCAUUGAGAAGGUCAGCGACCACAAAGACUUCAAGAAGCUGCUCAGGACGAGAACCAACGUUCUGGUGCUCUACACCAAGACAGCUACAUCAGGAGACUCCUACCUGAAGCUGCUGUCAGAUGUGGCCCAGACAGUGAAGGGCCAGGGGACUAUCGCCUGGGUCAACUGUGGGGAUUCAGAGGGCCGUAAACUCUGCAAGAAAGUGAAGGUGGACCCAAGCUCCAAAAGCGGAGGGGCCGAGCUGCUGCAUUACAAAGAUGGGACGUUCCACACAGAGUACAACAGGCCUGCUACCUCCAAGUCUAUGGUAGCAUUUUUAAAAGACCCGUCAGGUCCUCCGCUGUGGGAGGAGAACCCCGAGGCGAAAGACGUCGUCCACAUAGAAACAGAAAAAGACUUCAGGAAGCUGCUGAAGAGAGAGGAGAGGCCAGUUCUUAUGAUGUUCUACGCUCCCUGGUGCGGCGUUUGUAAGAGGAUGCAGCCCAUCUAUCAGCAAGCGGCAACAGAGACGAAGGGGAAAUAUGUACUGGCGGGGAUGAACGUGCACCCGGGUGAGUUCGACGGCCUCAAGCAGGAGUACAACGUCAAAGGCUACCCGACCUUCUGCUAUUUUGAGAAGGGGAAGUUCCUCCAUCACUAUGAAAACUAUGGAGCUACAGCCAAGGAUAUUGCAGACUGGAUGAAGAACCCUCAGCCCCCCCAGCCAAAGACCCCCGAGGUGCCGUGGUCGGAGACAGACUCGCCAGUCUUCCACCUGACCGACGAGUCCUUUGACAGCUUCCUGGAGGAACAUCCUGCUGCCCUGAUCAUGUUCUACGCUCCCUGGUGUGGCCACUGCAAGAAGAUGAAGCCAGAAUAUGAUGAAGCUGCUGAAAUACUGAACAAAGGUGCACAGAGUCCAGGUGUGUUGGCAGCAGUGGACACCACAGUGCACAAGGCUGCAGGGGAUCGCUUCAAGAUCUCUGGCUUCCCUACCGUUAAGUAUUUCGAGAAAGGCGAGGAGAAGUUCACGCUGCCGCAUCUCAGAAGCAAAGAGAAGAUCAUCGAGUUUAUGCACAACCCACAGGCCCCUCCUCCACCAGAGCAGUCGUGGGAGGACAAGCCCUCCAGCGUCAGCCAUCUUGGAUCGGAGGAUUUCCGAGAGGCGCUGAAGAAGAAGAAACACGCUCUGGUCAUGUUCUACGCUCCCUGGUGUCCGCACUGUAAAAACUCCGUCCCCCACUUCACCACCGCAGCAGAGCUCUUCAAAGAGGACCGCAAGAUUGUGUAUGCUGCUGUGGACUGUACGAGAGGCCAGAACCAUGAGCUCUGCAAGCAGGAAGGGGUGGAGGGAUACCCGACCUUCAACUACUACAACUACGGCAAGUUUGUGGAGAAAUACAACGGAGAUCGUGGGGAGGGGGGUUUCACCACCUUCAUGCGCAGCCUGAGAGGACGCGAUCAGGAAAAGGUCGGCAAGAAGAAGGAGGAGCUCUGAGGGGGCGGCGUGCACUGUACAGAUUGUCAUUGCACUGUGACCCUCGACCCCCAAACCCAACCCCCCCCACCCCCACCCCCCACGGCGAGGGCCCUAUCAGCACUGACACAGGAGACUUGAUGACCUCAAUGAAAGGCUAUUUUUUUAUACCGCGGUGAUCACGUUUGUAAUAAUACCAACAGAGUACCUACAGUCAGACCGACCACUUCAGACUUCUGAUGGGCAGAAAAUACACAGACACAAAAAAAAAAAACCUUCCCUUUUUUUUCUUUCUUUCUGUCUUUUUUUUUAUUUUUUUGUUUUUGUUGCCCAAACACUGUGACUGCAUAUGUGAAAAGCUCCACCCUAUACUGUAUCUAUGCAAUACUGACCCCCUGCUUAGCCCUGUGGGGGUCUGAACCCAUGGUGGUGGGUGAUGGUGGUGGGCCAUCCAAUCCAUCGUUAAAGGUGGUUGCCGCACCGCCUGUCACUCCACUAGGGGUCCUAAUUCAGUCCCAUCAACCCCCUCGCUGUGUCUCCAGAAGAGAGACAGAAUGCCGAUACACCUGUCCGUUCCCGUAUUUUUGUACAGAACCUUCACGUCUCCAGUCCAGAGCCAUCCAGAAUAUUGCUUUAUUAUCUUCUCACAUCCGUUAGAUCACCUCAACAUCUGAAAAAUCCCAAAGCUAGCAAAAUGUGAAGUGCUACUGUAGGUAAUGAGGUACUGUAGCAAUGUAUAAUAAGUGAAAUUAUGUCCAAAGGUUCAAUAUUCUGCAUGGUUCUGGGCCACCACGAUUAGAUUUUGAUUUUAGGAAACACUUUUUGUUUAGUUUUUUGUCUUGCAUAAAACUGUGGCCUUAAGAAUAAAAUAAAAAAUGGAGGGAAUUACUGAAAUAUAGUUAUGAAUGGAAAGGAAUCAGAGGCCUGGCGCCCUUGCACUUCCCUCAAGUCACGGACCAGAACAAAGCAAAGGAGAACAGAAUAAAUAAAUAAAA